GCUUUCAUACCCAUCACAUCAAGACUCCCGGGACUCACGAUAGGAAGUUCUGAUUCGGAAUGCAAGGAGUACAAGCGGCCGUCCCCGGUCUUCCGAUCCGCAGAUCCGCUUGUGAUCGGUGUAAAGGACAUAAACUAAGAUGCCUGCGCGAUCCGGGACAACAGCGCUGCUACCGAUGUACGCGAGCAGAUGCCCAAUGCGCUACAACCCCUAACGUGGCUAUACGCUCCCGUCGUCGGAUCGGAGGGGUUAGUUCCACAGCACAAAAGCGACCACGACAGGAUGACCGACCACAGAAUAUUCCGGCUACUAAUCAGACAAUUAACACGCCACUGCCCAUAUUCUUUGAGGGCUCUAGUAACGUGCAAGAUACAGCGACAUAUCCUCCUGAGAUUAUGGAGUCUUGGGACCCUACUAUCUAUGGAUCCCUGUUGGGCGAUGGCUUCAACGGAAGUUUUGCAUCUUUAGAUUUUACCGCCAAUAAGGCUCAUCUGCCCACCUUGGAGUAUCAACCAGAGAUGAUGCCUCUAUCUACUUUCCAGACAGAAGUUUCACUGGCUGGGACGUUAUCUUUGCAGAGCCAAGAGACUAGCAUAGGCAACAAUACGUCGGCUUCUCUGGAAGGCAUCGUCACUACUCAGGAUUCGGUUGUCGAAGUUGGCCGUGGAAUCUCCGAGAGCGAUACACAACGGCUUGCUAAAAUAAACCACCACUUGGUUAAACUCCUAGACCAGAUUGGGCGAGGGUCUCCCGAAAUAAGUCUCGAUACACUCGUUGCGCCGAUCGAUCAACUGGACGAUUUUUCCGGGAGCCAAAUCCAUAGUGUACUGGAAAGUAGUCGCGAGUUCGUAGAUAUCAUAUGUACGCUAUCAGACGCAAAUCGGACACUGGCGGCAAUAACGUCGCACGGCUCUUCUCCGAGGAUGCCGGAAUCCGGACCUGGUAGCAACAUAAGCGGGCCAACUAGGGGUCACAAUUCUCCACACUCCUCCGAAUAUGGCCGGACACUGGCAACCCCAUCACUCCUGUCUACAACAGGAAAUAGGCCUAAACGCUGUCUCGAUUCAGCAACACUCAUGCAUAUUCUCAUAUCCUAUAUCCACAUCACACAGCUCUACCUCAUAAUCUUUACGCAUUGCUACGAGGCCCUCCUUAAGAUAUCUAAAAGCGAUGUCCCUUCAUUUUGCGAGCUACCCGGGAUGGACUUUGGUAGUUUCCCGCUUCAAUCCGGAAACCUGCAAGCCACCAUGUUUAUUCAGGUUGUCAUUAACCUGUUUGAGAAGAUGGAAAAUCUGCUCGGAAUACCGCAAGAAUUUCGACUUAACAGACACGGGACUAACCACGGUGGCCUGUUGAGCGAACCGGAAUUCUUCAGGAUUUUGAAAGCGGUAUUGUAUAAGGAGGAACUUGUAUAUAAGCCAGAUCUUGGGAAAGGGGGUGUUAAUGCGUUGCGAAAAUACAUUGAGCAGACAAGACAGUUACUACGGGAUAGUAUAGAGCCGUAGAUACCCACUAGUUAUUUAUGAUA